AUGUUCUCCUCGUCGAAUUCCUUCGUCGGCGGUGGUGCUGGUGGCCGACCCGGCCAGGCACCAUUCAUGCAACAGCAACAGCAGCAGCAGCAACCCCAAUACUCGCAAUUCCCUCAGGGACAACAGCAGCAACCGAUGCAGCCCCAAGCAACGGGAUUCGCGCCCCAGCCGACCGGUUUCGCCGGCCAGCCCUCACCGUUUGGUAAUGCGCAGCUCCAACCUCAGCCCACUGGAUUCCCCGCGGGACAACAGCUCCAGCCGCAGUUCACUGGGUACCCCGGACAGCCCCAACAGCCCCAACAACCCCAGCCGACGGGCUUCCAGCCUCAAUAUACCGGAUUCCAACCCCAAAACCAGACCCAGUCACAGCCGCCUGUGCCGCCCGUGCCACCCAUCCCGCAACAGCACCUCGCUCAAGCGACUGGCCUCCCUAAUCGGCCCAAGACCUCGAGCGAGAUCGCGAGCUCCUUCCAAGAUACCGGCGCCUCUGGCCCCCCUCCUCAAGUGCCGCCGAAGAAUGGCGCCCGCAUCCCAAGCAUCCGACUGUCGUUCAUUACCGCCCAGGACCAGGCCAAGUUCGAGCAGCUGUUCAAGUCUGCCGUCACCGAUAGCAAAACAAUGGAUGGCGACAAAGCGAGGGAUCUCCUGAUGCGCUCUAAGCUGACGGGUACUGAUCUUUCCAAGAUCUGGGUUCUGUCAGACUCUACCAAGUCCGGCCAGCUCUUCUUCCCUGAAUUCGCAUUGGCAAUGUAUCUAUGUAAUCUGCGCCUGACUGGCCGUGAGCUGCCCUCCGCAUUGCCCGAUACCAUCAAGAACGAGGUCUCGAGCAUGGUUGACAUCAUCUCGUUCGAUGUCCCCGACACGCAGCCCCAGCCGGCCCAGCGUACUAAUGUUCCUAAUUUCGAUGGUUCUGUGCUCCAGAACAAUUCCACACCCCCUAUAGUCCAGCAGCCUCAGCCUCAACAACCAAGCAACACACAGCUCUUGAACCAACUCACUGCGCAACCCACUGGCUUCUUCAAUCAGCAGGCUGGCAUGCAGCCUCAGCAAACCGGUUUCCCAGGCCAAAACCAGUCGCAAUUCCUUCAGGCUCAGCAGACUGGAUUCAUGGCCAACCCGCAAGCCACAGGAUAUAGUGGUCCCCGACCUCCAAUGCCGCCUAUGCCUACUGGCUUCGCCUCCAACCUGAGCCCUGCCCAGACUGGCGGUCUACAGGCGCAACCGACGGGUAUCCCUGGACAGUGGGGUUUCAUUAACACGCCCGCGCAGGGUCUCCCUAAUAUCGAGGCCAUGAAGCAGCAACUCAUGCCCCAACCCGGCCGUGAAGGUGGCUUUACUACCACCAAUCUUUCCGGAAAUGCUAAAGUUGCCUGGGCUAUUACCAAGGAGGAAAAGAAGAUCUAUGACGAUCUCUUCCGCGCCUGGGAUGGUUUCCGAAAGGGCUUCAUCAGUGGCGAGACUGCUAUUGAGAUCAUGGGGCAGAGUGGUUUGAACCGAAACGACCUCGAGCGGAUUUGGACUUUGGCCGAUCCUACCAACCGUGGACGUCUCAACAUGGACGAGCACCUGAAUGAUUCCAUCGGCACAGUCAAGUCGCUUCUGUCUCAAGAUGCCGAGACCCGGAAGACCACCGGGGCAUUUUUGCAGCCUCAAAAGACGGGAGUCAGCUACUUGAAGGACCACUCCUUCCGCGGCGGUCCCAAUAACCAAUCUGGAGCCAGUCGCAAGGACGCGACCAUGUUUAAGAACAAUGAUUCUGCAGGCGGCUACCGUUCAAGCGCCCGUCGCCGUGUUGGUAACGACGCUCGCACACCAUCCCCGGCUCCUUCUUCCCAAACCUCCGAGGGCGACGAUCUCAGUCCUGACCAGCUGCGAAAAAAGAUUCGCGAAGCUAAGAUUAUGCUUGAUGCUGUUGACUUCCAAGACGAAAACCGUGCUGAGGAUGAUGAUGUCCAUGAUCGUCGGGACCGCCGUGAAGCAGAGAGCCUUAUGGAACGGAUUCGUCGCGUGCAAGACGAUAUUGACACCCAUCCAAAUGCUAGCUUCCGUCAACUUGACAGUGGGGCCGAGCGCAGAUCCCUCCGUCGUCAGCUUCAAGGCUAUGAAGACCAGGUUCCGCAGGCCGCUUCCGAUGUUCGACGUAUUGAACGGGAGAUUGCUGAGGCCAAGCUUGAACUUUUCCGUCUCAAAGAUGCCAAGGCGCACCCCAGCAGCGCUGGUAACAUUGUUGGUACUGGACCUGGCGGUGCGAUUACCGAGGCAGAUCGGAUCAAGGCUCGCGCCCGCGCGCGUAUGCAGGCUCGUGCUGCUGAACUGUCAGGACGUCCUGCUCCCGCCGCGGAGGGUGAUGACGGCGAGGCUGCUCGUCGCUUGGAGAGCGAGAGCGCCGACGUGAAGGCCGAGCGAGAGCGUAACGACGUUAUGACCCGUGACGUGGAGGAAAGUGUUCGGGAGUUUACCCGCAGCCUUGAGGACAGUCUCCGCGACGAAGGCGAGAAUUCCACGCGCGAACACGAGAAGCGCCGUUGGGAGGAUGCCCUUGGCGUGGAGGAUAUCAUUCGUGACUUCAUCUACGAUUUGAGCCGCAACAGCAAGACCGCGCAUGUGCGCAAGGAUGAGUAA